AGAUGUGCUUUGCACUGGAACUGCUAAGAGGACACUUGAGUACAAAUGACAAGAAGACGACAGCAAGUUGUUGCACAGCUAACCUCACUGGACACAGAGAAAAAGUUGGAUUGGAAAACUUUGAGCUGCUGAAGGUUCUGGGAACAGGAGCAUAUGGGAAAGUUUUCCUGGUCAGAAAAAUCAGCGGACAUGAUAUAAACAAGCUCUAUGCAAUGAAGGUUCUCAAGAAGGCUGCAAUUGUACAAAAAGCAAAAACCACUGAACACAUCAAAACAGAACGGCAGGUGUUAGAACACAUUCGUCAGUCUCCUUUUCUGGUCACAUUGCACUAUGCUUUCCAGACAGAUACAAAGCUUCACCUUAUUCUAGACUAUGUGAAUGGUGGUGAAUUGUUUACACAUCUUUACCAACGAGAGCACUUUACAGAAAACGAGGUUCAAAUUUACACCGGUGAGAUUGUACUAGCUCUGGAGCACCUCCAUAAGCUUGGCAUCAUAUAUCGAGAUAUCAAACUCGAAAACAUUUUAUUGGAUGGUGAUGGUCAUAUUGUUUUAACAGACUUUGGACUCAGCAAGGAAUUUGUCAUUGACAAGAAUGAAAAAGCAUAUUCAUUCUGUGGCACCAUUGAAUACAUGGCACCAGAGAUCAUUCAAGGAGGAAGUUGUGGACAUGACAAGGCAGUUGAUUGGUGGAGCCUGGGAGUCCUUGUGUAUGAACUGUUAACUGGAGCAUCUCCUUUCACUGUGGAUGGUGCAAAAAAUUCUCAAUCGGAAAUCUCAAGGCGAAUCUUAAAAAAUGAUCCAACAUUCUCUGUAGAGAUUGGGCCCACUGCCAAGAAUUUAAUACAGAAACUUCUGACGAAAGAUCCCAAACAAAGACUUGGUUCAGGGCCAACGGGAGCUGAAGAGAUAAAAUCACAUGCUUUUUUCCAGGGAUUAAACUGGACUGAUUUAGCAACCAAGAAAAUUAAGCCUCCAAUCAAACCAGUCAUUCAAAAUGAACUUGACGUUAGCAAUUUUGCAGACGAAUUUACAAAAAUGGACCCAGCCUAUUCUCCUGCUGCCAUUCCUCAACAUACUGAUCUCUUUAAGGGUUACUCAUUUGUGGCACCUUCAAUACUCUUCAAUUGGAAUGUUGUAAUGGAUAAUACAUGCACCUAUGAUCUACACAUGAAUCCAGAGAAGCCAGGCGACAAUACAGUUGCAUGCAGUGCUAUGAUGAAGGACUCUAUGUUUUACCAAAACUAUGAAAUAAAUUUGAAAGAAAAACCACUUGGUGAAGGAAGCUUCUCUGUUUGUAGGAAAUGCCAGCAUAAGAGGACUGGACAGGAAUACUGUGUGAAAAUCAUCAGUAGACGAAUGGAACUCUGCACACAAAGAGAGAUUGCAGCAUUGAAGCACCUGGGGGCUCAUCCCAACAUUAUUAAGCUGUAUGAAGUUUACCACGACCAGCUGCACACAUACUUGGUAAUGGAGUUAUUGAAAGGAGUUCGUUUUAUGCAUCAUUGUGGAAUUGUGCACAGAGAUUUAAAACCAGAGAAUAUUUUGUUUGCUGAUAAGAGUGUUGACUCACCGAUCAAGAUUGUAGAUUUUGGGUUUGCAAAAGUUAAGCCUUGUGAUAACCAGCCACUGAGGACACCGUGCUUCACUUUACAAUAUGCAGCUCCUGAGGUUCUCAAGCAAAAUGGAUACGAUGAGUCUUGCGACCUAUGGAGCCUAGGAGUAAUACUUUAUACAAUGUUAUCGGGACAGAUUCCAUUCCUAAGUAAACAGAGUGCAGCCACAUUAAGUAGUGAUGAAAUCACAAGGCAAUUUACGCUGACAGGAGAAACCUGGAACGGUGUCUCACAAGAAGCUAAGGAACUCAUACAAGGUUUACUUACUGAAGAUCCAGACUCUCGUCUGAAAUUAAGUAGUUCCAGUUUCAAUAAAUGGUUUCAAAAAAGCUCCUGCUGGUCCGCCAAUCCACUGACAUCUCCAAAUAUUCUUGAAUGCUCUUCCAACACCUGUUUCAAGGCCUUUAAUAAGUGCAAGAGGGAAGGUUUUUUCCUUCGAAGUGUUGAAAAUGCUCAUUUGGCAAAAAGGCGAAAGAUGAAGAAAAGCAGUGCGAGUACAGAGACUCGGAGCAGUUCUAAUGAAAGUUCCAUUUCUUCACCAUCCCAGUCUCUUGGAAGAGCAUCUCCUACGUGCAUUGUUCAAGUUCCUUUAUCAGCAAAAAAGUCAGAGUGUUUCUUCCAGUUUUCUGAAGCAUUAAAUAGCAGCUUCAAAAAUGCUUCUCUCUAGCUAAUGCAGUAAUAGUCCACCCUGUCUCCAGUACUGACCAUACCUCUUCCCACUCUGUCUCCUGUAAAAUUGCUAUUCCCUUUUCUCUGUUCCUUUGGCUCCACCACAUCUGUUCCCAGGAAGAAGGGGUUUCCCUUCCUGCACCAUUGAUGCUGCCCUCAUCCACGUCUCCUCCAUUUCUCAAACACCUGAGCUCACCCCAUCUUUCUGCUGACUUAACAGUGAUAGAGUUCCUCUUGUCCUGACCUACCACCAAUGAGCCUCUGCAUCUAACACAUCAGUCUCUGCAACUUCUGCCAUCGCCAGAGGGAUCCUAUUACCAAACAUAUCUUUACCAUGCCCCCUCUUACCCUUUCUACAGGAAUUGCUCUCUCCAUGAUUCCCUUGUCCAUUUGCCCCUCCCCACUAAUCUCUCCCCUGGCACUUAACCCUGCAAGUGCUACACCUGCCCUUUCACCUCCUUCCUCGCCUCCAUUCAAGGCCCCAGACAGUCCUUCCAGGUGAGGCAGCACAUCACCCGUGAAGCUGCUGGGGCUGUUUAUUGUGUCCUAAUAUGGCCUCCACUACAUUGGUGAGAACCAUUGUAAAUUGGGAGAUAAAUUCAUCGAGCAACUCCACUCCAUUUGCCGAAAGUGAAUCUUCUGGUGGUCAAACAUUUUAAUUCCCAUUCCCAUUCCAAUUUUGGUGUGUCAGCCCAUGGUUUCCUCUUGUGAUGCCAUUGUGGCCACCCUCAGGGUGGAGGAGCAACACCUUAUAUUUGUCUGGGUAACCUCUAACCUGGUGGGAUGAAUAUCACUUUCUCCUUCCAGUAAAAAAAAUUCCCUCCCCCUCUCCUCUUCUUCCGCUCCCAUCUUAGGGUUCUUUCCUCUUCUGUCCUGCCUGUGACCUCCCCGUGUUCUCUCCCCUUUCUCCUAUGGUCCACUCUCCUCUCCUGUCGGAUUUCUUCCCCUCCAACCCUUUACUUUUCCUCCCUAUCACCUUCUAGUUAUCCUCCUUCCUUCCCCCCUGCCCCCCCACACACACUUUAUUCUGGUGUCUUCCCACUUCCUUUCCAGUCCUGAUGAAGGGUCUCGGUCCAAAACAUCAACUGUUCAUUCAUUUCCAUAGAUGCUGCCUGCCCUGCUGAGUUCCUCCAGCAUUUUGUGUGUGUUGCUUCAAAUAUUUUUCCCCUUUUCAAGACUGACUGACUAUUACAUCCUUUGCAGGUUUGAUCCUGAACUGUAGAGUUUCCUCCAUAACCCUCUGCCCCUCCCAUCCCUCCCUCUCUCUCAAUGCUUGCACCAUUCUGCAUCAGAAGGGAUGAACUGCUGCAAUCUGUUGACAGUAUGUAGCCUUUUUGAAUUACUUUUAUUAAGGGAUUAAGAACUUUAUUGAAGAUUUGAUUCACAAAUUUGUUUUGUGAACAUGAUAAAACUUUCUGGUAUGGUAUCUCAUUUUCACUGAUAAUAAUGCUACUUUAUCACUUUAAAAAGAACAACUUUAAGCAUGCAAAUAUGAAUGAACACAAACUGCUCUUUGUCUCAAUAAGAGGUUAAUGGUGAUAAAGAUGGAUUGUCUAUUGUGUUUCAAUUGUGAAGCUAGAUCUUUACACUUGUAUCUGUGUGAUGCCUCAUUUGCAUGGACACAAUGUCAAUCUUUCAGUUUUCCUUGAGAAGGAAAAUUUGAUAUCUGACCUAGAGAAAGAAAUAGUCAUUAAAUAGGAAUUUUCCUGGUGACGCUGUGAGAUUAUGAAAGAGAGUGGGAAAGUUAAUUUAACAGGUGGCUGCUGAGAAAUACUGAGGAGAGGGUUGAAAACCCAGACAUGUUAACAACAUUACAGACCCCUCAUAGAGAAAUACAUCACAGAAAAGUAUACCAUGAUCAAGAAAUAUAUCCGUCAAUUGCAAUCUAAUAGGAGAGCUCAAGAAUUCAACCAGGACAUUAUUGAAUGAUAAAUCAAGCUGGAAGGUUGUGUGGCCAGUUUUUUCUUAUUUCCUAAUUGUUUAGGAUAUCAGAAAACACAGAUUCGAUCUGCAGCUGAAACAUGAGAAAAACGUGUGUGUUGAGUCAGUUAUUUUGGAUUUAGGAAAAUAGGAUACAGGUCGAUGGUGAUGGGGAGUGAGAGCUGGGCACUGGCUGAGAAUGCAACUAUUUUGGAAAGAUCUAUGGAAUAAUAUGGACAGCCUAAGCUGUGAAUAUUUUUUGGUAAAGUAAUAAUGCUGGUAAUUUGACUUGAUGCUGCUUGCACAAUUGACAUUAACCUAAAAAAUGCCGUGAAUAUAUAAAACUAAAUAAAUUUAAGGCACUUCAGAUGGAAGCAUUCAUGAAAAGUGGUGUGAGGUGGGUUGCUUUAUAUGGCCUCCUAAAAGCCAGAAAUUGGAAUCAUGCUCUUGAGCCCAAGGGAAUGUAGCUGUUUUGAGGCAGAGUAAGAAAGCUGAAAAAUGACCAGAACUUUGAGCAAAACAUACUGCGUAAAUUUGCAACAGAAGGUGGAUGACGUUAUGAAAAAGUUGACAGAUUUUCUGUGUUUGAACAUUUUAGCAUCCUUAGAAUAUAAAUUGUAUUUUCAAGACUUUUCAUGUCAAGUUUCAGGCAACUAUGUAGCUGAUGAAGAAACUUAUUAAUCUUUGUUUCAGUGUUACCAUUGUUCUGCAUACAAUGGUACUUGAUUCAAAGAUUGUAGUUACAUGCAAAAAAUGUUGUUCCUCAGCUUUUCAUUUUCCAGUGUCAUGUUGUACUAUUUUUGAUUCAUUUACAUUUAUUUGAUUAGUAGUUUAUGAGUGAAUAUUUUACCCAGUUACAUCUGUUUCCUUUCUCAAAGUGUAAUGCCACACUUCUUUAUGUAACCUUUGACCCCGGCUAUAUCUUUCCUCUGUAAUCCAUCUUUGGCUCCUCUCCUUUAUGUCUUUUAUCUCACCUUCCACAGCAUUGGACAUUUUUGGUCACAAACAUUGACACCUUUUGAUCAGUUGCCUCCAUUCAAUAGGGAAAAAUUAUUUUAAGCUUCCUUUUCUCAUGUUUUUCUUCCAUAUCUGAGCAUGGGCUCUCUGAUCUCGCCUCGUCCACAGAACCCUUGAACCUUUUUCCACUAAGCAUUCAUUAGCUGAGGUUCUUCAUAGUUCUCUUCUCAAGUACUUUCAGUCUCUACCCAAAAACUGCCAUCCUUCUCUCUCUCCUCCGUAAGUCUGACCUUUCACCCUUUUAUCAUUGCAAAUUACCUCCCAAACCUCACUUACCUUUUUUCCCCUUUAGUCCUAAGAUAUACUGUCAUCACUGAAAUCUGUAUUUCACUUUCCCAGUAUUUCACAGCCGAAUCUUUCAAGUCAGGUUUUGCACUGUCACAGCCAUGACAUCUUAUGUUAACUUGGCUAUAGUAUACUAUCUCUGCAUCUGUAUGUAGCUUGACCAUACUACCUUCCUAGUCAUCAUCGCAUCAUUAUGUAACAGGGUGGAUUCCUCAAGUGGGUUUUCUACCUUGUCUAUUUGACUAUAGCUAGAGAGUCAUUUGCAAACUCUCUCUUCCCAUUUCCAUACACUUUACCCAUAAAGAUCACAGAUCUGCUUGAUCACUAAAACAACCUCCUUCAUCACAUCAUCUAACUUGGACCCUUCCUCAGUUCAACUAAAUCCUCACUGCCUAAAUCUUCACAGAUGCCAUUAUUACUUUUGAUUAUUUUAGCUGCUGGUGUCCUAGCUCACACUAAGCCCAUCAUCAUCCCUGUGCUUGUCAACUUCCACUAGUUCAUGGACAGUCAACAGAUUAAUUUCAGAAUUCUAAUUCUAGCUUUAAAGUCUCCUGUUAACACUGCAACAUACAUUUCUAAACCAUUCCAAGACAUUUGCCCUCAUGUAAUUCUUGAUUAUUCCUGAAUAUAUUAGUUCCACCCUUAGCAGUCAUGUCUUCAACUUGAAUUGGCUUCAGCUUUUUAUUUGCCUUCCUAAACCUCUGCUUCUUUCCAUCUUUCAACUUUUCUCCCACAAGAAGCCUUAAUAAUUUCAUUGAAAUUUGGUCAUCAGUUCCAAUAUGUACAAUUUCCUAAUGUGGCUGAGCUUCAUUUAUUGUUUGAUAAUAUUCAUGUACAACACUUAGGGAUCUUUCAUUAUGUUAAAGGCACUGUAUAACAAUGUUGUGUUGAAAGAGCUAAUGCUGCAGGCAUACGCAUGACACAAACGUUUAAUUGUGUAAAUAGUUGUUUUUGAUAUAUACGAGGCAAGCAGGUUUUCAGUAUAAAAUAUCAAAAUAAAGCAAUAGGGUAUUUUUAAUAUGAGCUGUUAUAUAUUGUAUUUCAAAUACAGAUUAAAACUUCAUUGUGUAAUAAAUAUUUUCUUGGAUUAGAGUGGGAACUGUUUCCAUUACCUUGAAUGUGUACAUUAUGUGAACGUUGUCGGUUUUUUUAUAUAAGACAUCAGAAAUGAGGCAACUAUUUACAUCAAUAUUUUUGUUGAUUGUUAAAUGUAAUUUGGGAUUAUCCCCAUAAAUAAAUCUAGCUGGUCUAGGAAAAGAAGUCUUCACUGUUAAUUACAAGUUUAUAUUCCAUGUGCUUGUUACUGUUAAUUAUAUUGUUGCUUUGAGUAAACAAAUAUGAUGCCAUCUUUCCAAUGGUAUUUCUCUGAUUAUAUUUAUAAUAGAUUUUGAUAUUCAAAGCGUUUAAUUUCUCUUCACCUAGCAGAAACUGAUUUAUAAAUUAAUUUAGUUGUAUGUUCUGCUAUGUGCAGGAAACACGGGUAUUUGAAGCUACGGAUUCCUUUACACAAUGAAAAUGCUGCUUGUGUGUUUUGCAAUAAAGUAUUUUAAGAACAUCAUUUACAUGCUGUAUUUUAUUCGUAUUACAGAUUUUUAUGACACUUAAUUUCCACAUCAAUAUUUAUAUACAGUUUAGAACUUGCUGAAAUUCGAGAUGAUUAUGCACUAAGUUGAGCUAGCUAAUGUUCCUGGAUCUGGGGGGAGCUGCAAGUAUUCAGGCACUCCAAGAUAGGUUGUAUGGAUUUCCAUAUGCAGUUCAGAUCUCUGUGUUUGUCAGGUCACCCUAGCCCAUCCCAGCUAAGUAUUUGGUAUUUUCCUUUUUAUUGUUCAAUAGGUGCAAAUGUAUUGCUGUAAAUUUCUGGGAACAAGAUGCACUUGUAAGUUUGAAGUACCUGGACACAAAUAAUUUGCAGAAUGUCAAGAUCUGUGUAGAAAAUUCAGGUGCAACAGUUUAUAUACUCUUGUCACAGAUGUGGAUAUCAGGUUUAAAUAAAAUUUAUUUGGAUCCCUUGUAAAGUUUACAGUGCCCAUAUUUCAAAUUAUGGAGAAGAUAUAUUUCACCAUUGCAUAGGAACUUUCACUAUUCAAAAAGAUUUAUUAUCUUUUUUUUGUUGGAAUUGGAAUUGAAGUAGUACCAUGGCCCUGAUUCUUGGUGUGAAACUGGAUGCAAGAGCCUGAGGCUUGCUCAGGCUCAGUUAAGUAGCACACUGGGAUGGGAAUCUGAAAGACCAUGUCAGGUGCUCUGAUUCCUUGCCUUGUUCAUUUUAUUGUACCUUUCUAAUUCACAGCAGAUGCAAAGACUGGCAGCAUGGCAUGAAAGAUAUAUUCUGGAAGAGAUACCAUAGCUGAUGUACAGGAAAUAUUUUGGACUUAGUGCCAGUCAAAUUUCUCAGGUGUUCCUCUGCCAUUCAGGCUGCAUCCAAACCUAAUUCAGGGCAUUGAGCAACUUGUCUUUAGACCAUAAGAAAUAAAAACAGGAAUAUUCUCUUGAAACUUUUUUCAUUAUCACUGCCUAGUAGCCUCUGUUGGGUUGGGCUUUUUAUCAGAAAUGAACUCAAUUUUAAUGAACUUCCUUCCAGACAGAAAUCUAUCCAAAAUUCCACAAAAUGAAUGGACAUUUGGUUGACUACUGUGGAUUAUCAGUUCCAGUGCAUCUGUACACUUGCAUUGGACUUCACAUUCAGGGAUAACAUAGAGGAAGCAGUGAAUGCAAUAAUGAAAUAAUUUCUCACUUUUACAAUUAUUUUACUAAUUUACUUUUGGAACAUGGUAUAGUACAGGCCCCUUGUCUGCCAACAUUUUAAUCCACCUCAAGAUCAAUCAGACCUUUCCCUUCCAUAUAGACCUCCACUUUUCAUUAAGCAGGAGUCUCUUAAAUGUCCCAAAUUUAUCUGCUUCUAUUACCCUCCACUUCCCCACCCCAGCCGUGUGUUUGAUGUGCUUGCUACUCUCUGUGUAAGUGAAAAACAACCACUGACAUCUAUCCUAUACUUCCCUCCCAUCACCAUAAAAGUACAUCCUCUCACAUUAGCCUUUGCCACCCUGAGUAACAGGUGCCAGGCACCCACUCUAUCAAUGCCUCUUAUCAUCUUAUGCAGCUCUAUCCUCUUAUCCUCCUUUGCUCUAAAAAUAAAAGCCCCAGUUCAUUCAAACUUUCCUCAUAAGACAUGUUCUCUAAUCCAGGCAACGUCCUGGUACAUCUCCACUAAAGUUUUCACAUUUUUCCUAUAAUGAGGCAGCCAGAACCAUGUGUUGUGUAGCCAGAGUUUUAUAGAUACUUAGCAGCUCUUGAACUCAAUCCCUCAAUUACCAAAGUACAACACAACAUACACCUUCUUAAUCACCCUAUCAACUCGUGCAAAAACUUUGAGGGACCUGAGAAUGUGGAGAAUAAAACUACACCUGUAUGAAGCCCUACAGCAUCUGGUAACCCUGUGAUCUCUACUUGGAUGUCAGAACAUUUUUCAAGAGAGUAAACCCUUGCCCUGAUGGUGUACAUCCAAACACCUGUGCCAAUCAACUGGCAGAAGCAGUCAAGGAUAUCUUUAAUCUCUCACUGUGGCAGUCGGAGUAUCCCACCUGUUUCCAAAGGAUGACAAUCCUACCAGUGCCCAAGAAGAGCAGGGUGAGCUGUCUGAAAGACGUGUGGCAAUCACAUAUACUAUGAUGAAGAUCUUUGGGAGGUUGGUCAUGGCUAGAAGCAACUCCUACCUAAGCAAGGACUUGGACCCACUUCAAUUUGCCUAUUGACACAAUAGGUCUGCAGUGGACACAAUCUCACUGGUUCUCCACUUGGUCUUGGAUCACCUGGGCAAUAGCAAAACCAAGAUUGGGUUGCUGUUUAUUGGUUACAGUUCUGCGUUCAACAUAACCAGACCCUCAGUCCUAAUCAGCAAGCUCCAAAACCCGAGCCACUGCACCUCCCUCUGAACUGCAUUCUUGACUUAUUCACCAGGAAACCAGAGUCUGUGCGGAUCAGAAAUAACAACUCCUCCUCACUGCCAAUCAACACUGCCACAUCUCAAGGAUGCAUUCUUAGCCCACUGCUCUUCUCUCUCUACACCCAUGGUUGUGUGACUAGACAUAGCUAAAAUGCCGUCUAUAAAUUUGCUGACAAUACACCUACUGUUGGUAGAAUUUCAGAUGGUGAUGAGGAGGUGUACAAGGUUGAGUGGUAUCACAGCAAUAAUGUUGCACUCAAUGUGUAAGACCAAGGAACUGAUUUUUUUACUUCAGGAAGUGGAAGUCAAGGGAAUACACACCAGUCCUCAUCAAGGCAUCAGAAGGGAAAGGGAGACUAGUUUCAAGUCCCUGGGUGUCAACAACUCUGAGGAUCUAUCCUGGGUCUAACAUAUUGAUUACAAAGAAGGCAUGACAGUUGCUAUACUUCAUUAGGAAUUUGAGAAUUGGUAUGUCAUCAAAGACUCUCACAAAUUUCCAUGAUGUACUGUGGAGAGCAUUCUAACUGGUUGCAUCACCAUUUAGUAUGGAGGAGCGAUGGCACAGAUCAGAAAAAGCUGCAGAAAGUUGAAAACUCUGCCAGAUUCAUCAUGGGCACUAGCUCUCCAAUAUCCAGAUCUUCAAAAGACAAUGCCUCAAAAGGCUUCAUUGAUCAUAAAGGACCCCCCCCCCCCACUCACCCAGGA